AUGGCUGGGACAAUGCUGGACGUUGGUAAAGUAGAGCUCCACUGUGAGAAGAACAACACAGCCAACAAAACCAAUGACAUCUCAGUGAACAGACUGAUAGUCAGGAGAGGCCAGUCCUUCCUGGUCACCUUUGAACUCCAUGACCCCUCCAGGCCCACAACAGACUUACUGGAGCUGAUGGUGGAGACAGGGCCCCAGCCUUUGGAGGCAUUGAGGACCAGGUCAGUGUUCAGGCUACCUGAGGGCUGUGGGAAGGGUUCCUCCUGGAAGGUCAAGGUUCACCAGGGCUCAGUGCUCCCGGUGGGUUCAAUCACCCUGGACAUCACCAGCCCAGCAGACGCCCCAGUGGGAGAGUACAGCCUGUCUGUAAAGACCAGCGCCGCCACCUCAGUGGGCAGCAGCCUGGGCAAGCUCCUUCUGCUGUUUAACCCCUGGUGCCAAGAGGACUGGGUGCAUCUACCUAAAGAGGAGGAGAGGCAGGAGUAUGUGAUGAGAGAACAAGGCCUGGUGUACAGAGGUUCUGAGAAAUACAUCAGCUCUAUGGCGUGGAACUUCGGACAGUUUGAAGACGAUAUAGUGGACAUUUGCCUGAAGCUGCUUGACGUGAAUCCCAAGUGUCUGAGUGACCCCGCCAAGGACUUCUCUGCUCGUUGCAACCCCAUCUAUGUCAGUAGGGUGGUCAGUGCCAUGAUCAACGCUAACGACGACCGAGGUGUCCUGAUGGGGCGGUGGGAUGGUAAAUACGAUGGUGGCAUGUCCCCCACUCACUGGAACGGCAGUGUGGAGGUACUAAGGAGGUGGCUCAAAAAUGGCGGCAAUCCAGUCAAGUAUGGACAGUGUUGGGUGUUCGCCGCUGUAAUGUGCACAGUACUGAGGUGUUUGGGAAUCCCAUGUCGAGUGGUUACCAACUUCCAGUCAGCCCACGACACCGACAAAAACCUGACAAUCGACGACUUCUUCUCCGACUAUGGAGUCAGACCCAAACAGAGCCCUGACAGUGUAUGGAACUACCAUGUGUGGGUGGAGGCCUGGAUGAGACGGCCCGAUCUCUCAGCAGACUCCUUAUACGACGGCUGGCAGGUUGUGGACCCCACCCCCCAGGAGAAAAGCACUGGUGUUUACUGCUGCGGCCCUGCUCCAGUCAAGGCCAUACUGCAGGGUCACGUUGACCUCAAACACGAUGUGCCCUUUGUCUUCGCCGAAGUCAACGCGGACCGUGUAACCUGGAUGGUGUUCGCUGACGGCUCCAAGAAAAAGAUCUCCACGGACAGUGUGUCCGUAGGCCAGAACAUCAGCACCAAGGCAGUGGGCAGCGACAAGAGAGUGGACAUCACUGCCAACUAUAAACAUGCAGAGGGCACGGAAAAGGAGAGGGAUGUGUACAAUCUAGCUGUGAAAAGAGUCAACAUACCCGAAGAGGAUUCAAACGGGAUCCAUGGCGUUUCCAUGAAGAUCGUGGAGCUGACCAAGCCAGUCAGCGGCAAAGACAUUGACCUCAAGCUUGUACUGAACAGCAACGACAGUGAAACUCGGACACUAGUGAUCAAUGUCAACGUUCAGGCCAUGAGAUACAACGGGGUCCCAUCCUCCCAGAUACAGACCGAAUUGAAAGAACAGAAGCUCCUUCCCAACCAAGAUCUGACUAUACCCAUCCACAUCCCCUUCUCUGUGUACGGUGAGAAAAUGCGGGAGAGCAACAGCAUCAAGGUUUCGGCUGUGGCCACAGACAAGAACAAGAGUGGGGCAGUGUACAUCACAGAGAAAGACCUUGUGCCAGAGAGCCCUUUGCUCACCAUCAAAGCCAUUGGAUCUGAAUUGCAGUAUAGUGACAUGACGGCAGAGGUGGUGUUUGAGAACCCUCUAUCCGAAGGUCUAAGAAACUGCUUCAUAACAGUGACCGGCAGUGGCUUGCUGACUGAAACAAUGGAAGCCAGAAUGCCUUUGCUAAAACAAGGGCAACGACUACGUGUGAAGAUGCCCUUUACUCCAUACAGACCCGGUCCUAAGAAGCUAGUGGCCGGCUUCAACUGUGAUCAAUUCAGGGACAUUAAGGCAAGCUGCAAUGUGUACAUCAAACCCGUCACCGGUGUUGUCCCCCGACUGCCGUAG